AUGUACGCGAUCGUGGCAUUCAUAGCAUUUUCCUGCUUGGCAAGCCCUUCGGCCGGACGUCGGAACAAUGGCAACCUCGCCGCAAAGCUCGGAUCCAAUUUUGAACCCUCGGAUGAAAUCGCCAAAGCGGAAGCCACUGUGGAGGCGGUUGUGGAGAAUGUCGAUGCGGGCCUAAAUGCCGCUCCCAAGGCAGAGGCGCAGACGUGGGCCACCGUCUCGGCUGUCAACCAGGUCGGCCCCAGUCGUGAUGACAUCGUGCCCAAGACUUCGGUCAACUACUUCAUCACCACCGAAGGGGCUGCUCCAUCGGACCCAGAAGGCGAGUACUGGCUGGAAGCCAAUCUGUCCACCCACGAUGGACCCAGUUGCGACGCCUUCAAAUCGAAGGUCGAUCGUCUGCUGGAGGCAAUCGAUACAGUCGCACCUGCGAUGAAGUCCAUGUUCUCACUUUCCUGCUGGCAUGAGACGACGUUGACACUGCGGAGUGUCCAUCGCAUUCUCGCGCCCCACGAGGUGCAAGCCGUGAAAAUGUUCGCCAUGCACUUGAAGCACAUCAACGUCACGGAGAGCACCAUGAUGGAUGCAACCACGGUGCUGGCGGACAAGAACAAACCCAUCCUCGAGGAGAUGUUUCAGGGCUUCCGUGUGGACAUGGAUGUGGCACUGACGAAGGCUCUCGAGAAAGUCAUCACCGAGAAAAUCUUGCAGCAAAUCGGGCACACCAAUGCGUUGAACUAUGAAGGUCCGUCCCGAGGCAGCUGCAGCGCAGGUGAGCUUCCGUGUCCGUACAGUUGGCAGGGGCACUGCUGCAGCACCAGCAGCUGCCUUCAUCCACUUGUGCCCGGCUCGGAAUACCCGCGUUACCAGGACGAUAUGUGCCUCUUCAACCGCACCUCCUGCUGGGAAUACUGCAAGGAAAGAAUCGAGAUGCAGCUGCAGAAGACCAAAGACAUC